AUGCCCACCGCUCCCGAACUCGCCUACCUCGAGCGCUGCAUCGAACUCGCUCACGAGUCUCUCCAAGCAGGCGACCACCCCUUCGGCUCCAUCCUCGUGAAUUCCACGGGCCAGAUUCUCAAGGAGGAGCGCAACCGCGUCUGCACCGCCAAUGACAUCACAUAUCACCCGGAACGAGUCCUCGCCGUCUGGGCGCAGCAGAAUAUGACGCCGGAGGACCGCGCCGCCGCAACGGUGUACACGUCCCACGAGCAUUGUCCCAUGUGUUCGGCGGCGCAUGCAUUUGCGGGAAUAGGACGGAUUGUGUUUGCGAGCUCGUCGAAGCAGCUGGAUGGGUGGAGGACGGAGUUGGGGUUGCCUGGGUCGCCGGUGACGGCGUUGCCGAUUGAGUUGGUGGCGAGGGGGUGGAGGUGGAGGGGCCGGUGGAUGAGUUGGCGGGGAGGAUUUUCGAGUUGCAUCGGCUGA